AUGCCCAUACUUUCCCAAUUCCUUCCUAGAGAUGAUUCAUCUGACGAUAAUGCUUCUUCAUUGAGCCCUAUCUAUAUCGCUGGAAUAGCCCUUAUUGGCACGAUAGUCAUCGGCGUAGUCGUCUGGCUUACUGUCAGACAUAUCCGAAAACGUUCCAGAAGCAAACGCGAAAACGAACGAGGCGCUGCUUUCUUAUCCGUUCGCGGCGUGGUGCGAGAGGAUCAAGAAAAGGUGCUUCAGCUCGAGUCUUCACAAAAUGUGAAGGGCACUUUUUCUCGUAGCCAACUUACGCAGUCGGUUGUGCUUCCCGAAAAAGUCCUUGCCCACCCUCCCCCGUCUGCUCCUCCCGCAGAUAUCAUAGAAUAUCACCGACAAUCAGGCAAUUUUCCUCGACCUUCCGUGGUUUCACAGCCAUUUUCUUUUGCUCUCAAUGCUAGUAGUGAGGGCCUUCAUCCGAAGUCUGACAAUCGAGGAUCAUGGAUCUCUUUCAUGAGCGCAUCCGGGUCCGGCCGCAGCCGCUUCUCCGUCAUCUCUUCCACAUCUUCCGUAGACUCCUCACCUACCACUGGCACCGUGCGAAAGAUUCGUCAGGUGUUUAAUCCCAUUCUACCUGACGAGCUCCUUGUCAUUCUCGGUGAAAAACUCAAUGUGAUCCAAUCCUUUGACGAUGGAUGGUGUGUCGUUGGCAAGGAGGGAGGAAACAUCCUUGCUCAAACCAAGUCACUCUUCAAGCAAGCCGAACCGGACAACAAUGUCGAAAUCGGACUUGUGCCUGCCUGGUGCUUCCUCAAACCUGUUGUUGGUUUGAAAGGUGAACGGCCUAUACGUAGCAGCAGUCUUGGUAUCACCAUUCAAAUGGAAGGUCCUGCCUUUUCUUCCAGGGAGGAGAUAAUGUCGUGGUCCAAUUUCUAG